AUGUCCGCCCCUGAACCCACGCGCACCCCAUCCCCGCGCUGUGUGGAGUACCUCCACAUGAGCACCCGCCGCCUCAAGUCCGCCCCCGCCCCCGCCGCGGACGGUGCCGGCCUCGGCCCCGGCGCGCGCUACAGCGGCCGCAAGACGCCCCUGCGCGGCAAGGGCACGCCGCCGGCCGCCGCCGCCGAGACCCCUGCUGCUCCCGCUGGCGGGAUCAAGAUGGUCGGCGGGCACUCGGCGAAGCCCACGGAUGUCCUGCACACCAGCAGGCCGGCGUCCGCGGGCGAGGGCCCCGCGUUCCGGCCAAACCUGCGCUACUUCGAGGCCGCGUUUGCGUCCAGCAUGACAGGCACAUCCGCGGCCGUGAGCGAGGAGGCGUCCGCGAAGCGCGCGGUGCGGCGCCACGGCGCGGAGGCCCCCGACGAGGCCGUCAGCAUCACGCAGCGCCGCGUCCUCGCAGACUCCGCGCCACUGGACGGCAGCAGGGAGUCGUGGGAGGCGCCGGCCCCCAGCAGCCUGCGUGCCUGGAAGCUGCCCGAGAAGCCGGUCGGCAGCGGCAGCAUCAUCCGCCACCACGAGUCGCCGCGUCACGUGGAGGAGGGGCCCGCGCAGCUGGACGCCGGCCGCGCCCCCAGCCCCAACGUGGCGGCGCCCUGCCCCAAGUCGUCGCGCGACGCCUUCUCCGCCGCCUCUGAUGGCUACAACCUCAACAAGGCGCGCGCCAUCUACGGCUCCAGCUUCCGCUUCGGCUAG